AUGCAUUCUGAAUGCAAGCUUCCUACAGUUGAAUAUAUCGAUCCAAUUAUUUCUGCUGAGAUUCCAAAUAUUGAUGAAGAUCCAGAAUUGUAUUCACUUGUGAAGGAGUUCAUGAUUCACGGUCCAUGUGGAGCUGAAAAUUUCAAUUGCCCAUGCAUGGUGGACAGAAAGUGUUCUAAAAACUUUCCAAAGCAAUUCUGUAAUCAUACUUCAGUUGAUUCAGAUGGUUUUCCUUUAUAUAGGAGAAGAAAUGAUGGAAAUUUUGUUGAAAAAUCUGGUGUUCAGUUAGAUAACAGAAAUGUUGUUCCAUACAACAAAUAUCUGUUAAAAAGAUAUCAGGCACACAUUAAUGUUGAAUGGUGCAAUCAAGGAUCUUCUAUAAAAUAUUUAUUUAAAUAUAUAAACAAGGGUCCUGAUAGAGUGACUGUUGCUAUGGUGCAAAGCAAUAAUGAUACUGAGAACAAUGAUGCAGUGGAUGAAAUCAAAGAAUACUAUGAUUGUAGAUAUAUAUCUGCAUGUGAAGCAUCAUGGAAAAUUUUUAAAUAUGAUGUUCAUUAUAGGCAUCCUGCUGUGAUUAGACUACCUUUUCAUUUUCCUGGUCAACAACAAGUUGUAUAUGAGGCAGACGAUGAUAUUGAAGAUGUUCUUGACCGGCCUUUAGUUGCUUCUUCAAUGUUCAUAUCUUGGAUGAAGUGUAAUGAGAUCAAUAAAGAAGCACGAAAACUUACAUAUGUUGAAUUUCCCACCAAGUUUGUUUGGAAACCUAAACUUCAAACUUGGAAGCCAAGGGAAGUUGGAUUUUCUAUUGGUAGAAUUCACUCCGUUUCACCUAAGCUUGGCGAAACAUAUUUUUUAAGAAUUCUUUUAAAUAAAGUGAAAGGUCCAAAAUCCUUCGAAGAAAUUCGCACGGUCAAUGGUGAAAUUUGUUCUUCUUUUAAAGAUGCAUGCUAUAAUCUGGGCCUUUUGGAUGAUGACAAAGAAUACAUCGAAGCAAUUAAGGAAGCAAGUCUUUAUGGAUCUGGUUUUUAUCUGCGUUUCUUAUUUGCUACGAUGUUAUUGUCCAGCAGUUUGUGUAAACCAGAGAUUGUGUGGGAAAACACAUGGGAAUACCUGUCAGAUGGAAUUCUUUAUACUCAACAAAAGAGAUUAAAGUCUCCAGGUUUAUCACUAAACGAAGAUCAAAUUAAAAACUUGACUUUGUUUGAGAUAGAACAAAUUUUACUCCGAAACAAUUCCAGUCUCAAGAACUAUAGAAGGAUGCCUUACCCAGAUGCUGAUUUGGUUUCAUCUUCAAACAAUCGUUUGAUAGUCGAGGAGCUAGAUUAUGACAUACCAAAUUUGAAGAAUGAGUUUGAUCGGCUCUUUGUUUCAUUAACCGACGAGCAACGCAACAUUUUUCUUGACAUAAUGGCUAAGGUUAAAAAUAAUAAGGGAGGUGUAUUCUUUAUUUAUGGUUAUGGUGGAACGGGUAAGACAUUUCUCUGGAAGACAAUUUCUGCAGCAAUUAGAUGCCAAGGAGAGAUUGUUUUAAACGUUGCUUCAAGUGGGAUCGCUUCAUUAUUAUUGACUGGAGGCAGGACAGCACACUCUCGAUUUAUAAUUCCCAUAAAUCUUACUGAGGAUUCUUUUUGUAGAAUAAAUCCAAAGAGUGAUCUUGCGAGUUUAGUAAGAAAAGCCUCAUUGAUCAUUUGGGAUGAAGCACCCAUGGUUCAUUAA